AUGGAUGACAUCCAUGAUUUUGAUACAAUAGAUGUGGAGCUGGAUGCGUACUUCAAAAAGAAACAAGCUUCCCGAUGCAAAGACGAAUUUCUCAAUAUUCUAUGUAAAGAAGACGAUUACGAGGCAGUAGAUGAUGCUCAAACUGAAAAUGAUGCUCAAACUGGAAACAAUGCUCAAACUGGAAUCACUAAAGAAGAAUCAGAUGAAGAUUAUCUGGAAGGUAGUAACGAGGAAGGUAGUGAUGAGGAAUUUGAGUAUUCCACCCACAAUCCAAAGGUGAAAUGGAACAAAAUGAGAUCAAUGCUUGGUGAAAGGUAUGAAUCCCCACAUGAACUGAAAUUGUGUUUGACCAACUAUGAUGUUAGUAAGGGUUUUCAAAUCCGUUUCAAAAAAUGUGAUAGUGUUAGACUAGUGGCAAUAUGUGGAAGUGAUCCAGAGAAGUGUCCAUUUGUGGUUAGGGCUUCUUGGAUGACUACUGAAAGGUCUUUCCAAGUCAAAAAGAUGAUAGACAUUCAUAAAUGUGUUAGGAAUUUUAACAAUUCAAGGCUUAUGGAUCCUACCUGGUUAGCUAGGAAAUUUGUGAAGGAGUUGAUUAGGAAACCUAAUUUAAAAUGCAAAGAGAUGCAGGUAACUAUACAAAGUAAAUUUCAUUGCAAAAUUUCAUGGUCAAAGUGUUAUAGAUCAAGGAUGAGGGCACUAUCGUUAAUUCAUGGGAAUUUGAGUGACCACUACGCAAGAGUUUGGGAUUAUGGGCAUGAGCUACUGAGGUCCAAUCCAAACAGCAUAGUUAGGAUUACAGUUACUGUAAACCCUGAUAAUACCACAACAUUUCAUAGAUUCUACAUUUGCUUUAAAGCAAUAAGAGAGGGGUGGAAAAGGGCAUGUCGUAGGGUAAUAGGAUUGGAUGGUUCUUUUUUGAAGGGACAGUGUAAGGGUGAAUUGUUAACUGCAAUAGGUGGGGAUGCCAAUAAUCAGGUAUAUCUUAUAGCUUGGGCAGUUGUUGAUGUAGAGAACAAGAACAACUGGAAAUGGUUCCUGGAUUUGGUUAAUGAUGAUCUUGGAUUGCAGGGUGGAAAGGGUGUGUGUGUAAUCAGUGACCAACACAAGGGUCUUGUUGAAGCUAGUAAGGAUAUUCUACCAUAUGUUGAGCACAGGCAAUGUGCAAGGCAUAUCUAUGCCAAUUUCAGAAAAGUUUAUAGUGGAGUGCAGUUCAGAAACAUGUUUUGGGCAGCUGCAAAAUCUACCACAGAAGGAGAUUUCAAGUUUAAUAUGGAAAGGAUUAGGGCAAUAAGUUUUGCUGCUUAUGAUCAUCUCAUGGCAAGGGAACCAACUUCAUGGUGCAGGGCUUAUUUCUCUACUGGCUUAGUUUAUGAGGCUGUAGAGAAUGAGAUUGUUGAGUGUUUCACUGCAAUCAUCGUAGACGCAAGAAAGAAACCUUUGCUGACUAUGCUUGAAGAGAUUAGGCUUUACAUGAUGGAAAGGGCUUUCAAUAUGAAACAAGAAGCUGAAAACUUGGUUGGUGAAGUUUGUCCUUCUGCGGUAACAAAGAUGGAAGAAUUUGGAGAAGACAUUAAAAGUUGGCAUGCAGUUCCAAGUGGAGUGAAUGAAUAUGAAAAUAUACACCCAGUUAAUGGAAGUAUCUUAUGGGAAGAAACAAGUUACACUAAGCCCUUUCCACCCAUUGAAAGGAGGAUACCAGGAAGGCCUAGUGUUAAAAGAAGAAGACAUGUUUCAGAAAAUCAAGACAAUUACUCUCAAGUGUCAAGCAAGGGUAGAACUGUCCAGUGUAAAAAUUGUCUACAAAGGGGACACAAUAAAACAUCAUGCAAGAAUCCUAUAGUGGCUCUAGAACCUCAACCAAAGAAAAAAAUGGACAGGCCUAAGUUGGAACCUGAUUUGGUUAAUUGGUCAGGAACUAAAACAGGAUCUAGAGGUGGAGGAAGGGCUGGUGGAAGAGUUGGUGGAGGAAGGAGUAGAGGUGGUGGUAAGGGAUCUAGUAGAAGAGGCAAUAGAGGUGGUGGUAGGGGAUUUAGUGAAGGAGUCCAAACAAAAUAUGGGGAGGGUACUUCUGAGUUUCCUAAAUGUGAGCCUGAAGUUGUUGUCAUUCCAAAUGUUGAGAGUGAAAAUGAUGCAAGUCCAGAUUUUCACAAUCAUAUAAGCUUAACAAUUGACAACCUAAGGAAAUCUUUAUACACUACAGAAGAGAUCAUGGACUGUCUUGGACUUAGUGAAGCAGAAUUACAACAAAUUGAUGGUCUUGGAUUGAGUGAAGCAGAAGUACAAAAAAUUGAAGAUGUGGAUGUUGCUAUGUCACAAGAUGUUGGAAUUGCUAGCCAAAUAAUAGUUGAAGAACUCCCUACAAAUCAAGUACUUGGAGAUGAGGAAAGGAUGAAUGGGGAGGAUGGCAUAGAUGAGCCAGGGAUGGGUGAGGACGACUACAAAGAGGAGCAAAGUGAAUCAAGUCAGGAGGAGGAAGCCUUCGGAAAGGAUAACAGAGAUCCAGUUGCAAAAGGUGGUAGUUGUCAAGAAUGGAAAGGGGAUGAGUUCAUCCAACCCCCUUAG